CAGGAUUAGGUGUAAUCUGAAGGAGGAAGAUGAGCUCCAAAAUGAGUGUCUCUGGGGAACAGGACACACAGGAAGCUGAGAGACUGGAUCAGGAUAAGAGAUCAGACUCACCUGAACCCAGCUGUGUCUCCAUGAAGAGUGACCAGUCAAUGGACUAUCCAAUAAACUUCAGAGAGGAUAACAGUUCUGCUGAUCUCAGACUGGAUCAGUAUAAGAGAUCAGACUCACCUGAACCCAGCUGUGUCUCCAUGAAGAGUGACGGGUCAAUGAAUAAAAUAAUAAACUUCAGAGAGGACAACAGUUCUACUGAUCUCAGACUGGAUCAGGAUAAGAGAUCAGACUCACCUGAACCCAGCUGUGUCUCCAUGAAGAGUGACCAUUCAAUGUAUCAACCUAUAAACUUCAGAGAGGACAACAGUUCUGCUGAUCUCAGAGUCCAGAAGGAGACUCCAGAAACCAGCAGGAGAAAUAUGGACUCCAUAUUAAAGGAACUGGAGCACAAAGUCAUCUCUCUGGUAAAGAAUCAGCUGGAGAGGUUUCUGAAGAUGCUGAAGAAUCUGGAUUACCCAGCGUGCUCUGGGAGAGAGGAGGAGGAUGAGGAGGAUCAGAGUGGUGUCAGAGAGGGAGCGCUGAAGAUCACACUGCACGUCCUGAGAAACAUGAACCAGACAGACCUCGCUAACAAACUGCAGACCAAACUGGCUCCGUCCUGUCAUCGAAAGCUGAAAUCUACUCUAAAGGAGAAAUUUCAGAAAAUUAAUGAAGGAAUCUCAAAUCCUGGAACCUCAUCCCUUCUGAGUGAGAUCUACACAGAUCUGUACAUCACAGAGGGAGGGAGUGGAGAGGUCAAUAAUGAACAUGAGGUCAGACAGAUUGAAGCAGCAUCCAGGAGACCAGCAACACAGGAGACACCCAUCAAAUGUAACGACCUCUUUAAAGACCAGUCCAUCAGAACUGUGCUGACUAAAGGAGUUGCUGGAAUUGGAAAAACAGUCUCUGUGCAGAAGUUCAUUCUGGACUGGACUGAAGGAAAAGCCAAUCAGGAUGUUCUCUUCAUAUUUCCACUUCCUUUUAGAGAGCUGAAUCUGAUGAAAACCGAAAAUCUCAGUCUGGUGGAUCUUCUUUAUCAGUUUUUUAAAGAUACAAAAUACUUAAAACCAGGAGAUUAUCAUCGUUACAAAGUCAUGUUCAUCUUUGAUGGUCUGGAUGAAUGUCGACUUCCUCUAGAUUUCCAGAACAAUAAGAGAGUAUCUGAUGUAACACAGUCAGUCUCAGUGGAUGUGCUGCUGACAAACCUCAUCCAGGGGAACCUGCUUCCCUCUGCUCUCCUAUGGAAAACUACUCGACCAGCAGCAGCCAAUCAGAUCCCUCCUGACUGUAUUGAUCAGGUAACAGAGGUACGAGGGUUCAGUGACCCUCAGAAAGAGGAAUACUUCAGGAAAAGGAUCAGAGAUCAGAGCCUUGCUGAAAGAAUCAUUACACACAUGAAGUCCUCCAGAAGCCUCUACAUCAUGUGCCACAUCCCAGUCUUCUGCUGGAUCUCAGCCACUGUUCUAGAGAGGAUGUUGGGUGAAGCAGAGGGAGGAGAGAUCCCCAAGACUCUGACUCAAAUGUUCACACACUUCCUUAUCUUUCAGAUCAAACACCGCAGCCAGAAGUACCAAAGAAAAAGUGAUGUUGAUCUUGACCAGACUAGAGAGAUUAUUCUGGCUCUGGGAAAACUGGCUUUCCAACAGCUGGAGAAAGGAAACCUGAUCUUCUAUGAGGAAGAUCUGAGAGAGUGCAGCAUUGAUGUCAGAGAAGUGUCCGUGUACUCAGGAGUGUGCACCCAGAUCUUCAGACAGGAGUCUGAACUUCACCUGGGGAAGGUUUUCAGCUUUGUGCAUCUGAGUGUUCAAGAGUUUCUGGCUGCUUUAUAUGCGUUUCUGUCCUUCAUCUCCAACAACACAAAUGUGCUGCAACAGAAACACAGUGGAUUUGGUUUCUCCAAAAAAGGAACAAUGUCUGAUUUCCUGAAGAGAGCCGUGGACAAGGCCUUACAGAGUGAGAACGGACACCUGGACCUUUUCCUCCGAUUCCUUCUGGGUCUCUCACUGGAGUCCAAUCAGACUCUCUUACGAGGUCUUCUGAUACAGACAGAGAACAUCUCUCACAGUAAAGAGGAAGUAGUGGAGUACAUCAAGCAGAAGAUCAGGGAGAAUCCCUCUCCAGAGAAAACUAUCAGUCUGUUCCACUGUCUGAAAGAACUGAAUGAUCAUUCUCUAGUGCAGGAAGUCCAGAUAUACCUGAACAGAGGACGUUCCAGUGAUCUCAGUGGAGUUACUCUCUCUCCUGGUCAGUGGUCAGCUGUGGCGUUUGUGAUGCUGAAUUCAGAAGAGGAGCUGGAUGAGUUUGACCUGAGGAAAUUUCAGACUUCAGAGGAAUGUUUUCUGAGGCUGCUGCCAGUGGUGAAAGCAUCCAGGAAGGUUGUGCUGUAUGACUGCAGUUUUACAGAGAAAUGCUAUGCUGCUCUGUUUUCAGCUCUAAAAUCAAACCCCUCCCACAUGAAAGAACUGAAUCUGACCUACAGUAAACCAGAAGAUUCAAGAGUGAAGCUGCUCUCUGAAAUACUGAUGGAUCCACUCUGUAAACUGGAGAAACUACAGCUGGAAUUCUGCAAUAUUACAGAGAAACACUGUGCUGAUCUGGUUUUAGCUCUGAAAUCAAACCAAUCAGAGCUACGAGAGCUGAAUUUGAGCUACAAUAAACCAGGACUGAAGUUUAUCUCUGGUUUACUGGAAGAUCCACGCUGUAAACUGGAGAAACUACAGCUGGAAUUCUGCAGUAUUACAGGAGAAGACUGUGCUGCUCUGGUUUCAGCUCUGAAAUCAAACCCCUCCCACCUGAGAGAGCUGAAUCUGAACUACAAUAAACCAGGAGAGUCAGGAGUGAAGCUGCUCACUGAUCUACUGAAGGAUCCUCACUAUAAACUGGAGAAACUACAGAUCUGUGAAUCUUCACAAUUACGUGAACUAAAUUUAAAUAAGAAAGGGAUAGGAGAUUCAGGAGUGAAGCUGCUCUCUGAUCUACUGGAGGAUCCUCACUGUAACCUGGAGAAACUAGAGCUGCAGGAGUGUAAUCUAUCAGAUAAAAGCUGUGCAGAUCUGGCCUCAGCUCUCAGCUCAAACUCCUCAACUCUGAGAGAACUGUACCUGAGUGUUAAUGAACUGCAGGAUUCAGGAGUGAAGCUGCUCUCUGCUGGACUGAAGAAUCCACACUGUAAACUGGAGAAACUGUGGCUGGAUUGGUGUAAUCUAUCAGAGAAAAGCUGUGCAGAUCUGGCCUCAGCUCUCAGCUCAAACUCCUCAACUCUGAGAGAACUGAACCUGAGUAAUAAUGAACUGCAGGAUUCAGGAGUGAAGCUGCUCUCUGCUGGACUGAAGAAUCCACACUGUAAACUGGAGACACUGGGGCUGUGGAACUGUAAUCUAUCAGAGAAAAGCUGUGCAGAUCUGGCCUCAGUUCUCAGCUCAAACUCCUCAACUCUGAGAGAACUGGACCUGGGUUAUAAUAAACUGCAGGAUUCAGGAGUGAAGCUGCUCUCUGCUGGACUGAAGAAUCCACACUGUAAACUGGAGAAACUGGGGCUGUGGUGGUGUAAUCUAUCAGAGAAAAGCUGUGCAGAUCUGGCCUCAGUUCUCAGCUCAAACUCCUCAACUCUGAGAGAACUGAACCUGAAUUAUAAUAAACUGCAGGAUUCAGGAGUGAAGCUGCUCUCUGCUGGACUGAAGAAUCCACACUGUAAACUGGAGAAACUGAAGCUGCAGGAGUGUAAUCUAUCAGAUAAAAGCUGUGCAGAUCUGACCUCAGUUCUCAGCUCAAACUCCUCAACUCUGAGAGAACUGUACCUGAAUUUUAAUAAACUGCAGGAUUCAGGAGUGAAGCUGCUCUCUGCUGGACUGAAGAAUCCACACUGUAAACUGGAGACACUGUGGCUGGCUGGGUGUAAUCUAUCAGAUAAAAGCUGUGCAGAUCUGGCCUCAGCUCUCAGCUCAAACUCCUCAACUCUGAAAGAACUGGACCUGGGUAAUAAUAAACUGCAGGAUUCAGGAGUGAAGCUGCUCUCUGCUGGACUGAAGAAUCCACACUGUAAACUGGAGAAACUGUGGCUGGAUGGGUGUAAUCUAUCAGAGAAAAGCUGUGCAGAUCUGACCUCAGCUCUCAGCUCAAACUCCUCAACUCUGAGAGAACUGAACCUGAAUAAUAAUGAACUGCAGGAUUCAGGAGUGAAGCUGCUCUCUGCUGGACUGAAGAAUCCACACUGUAAACUGGAGAAACUGUGGCUGUGGAACUGUAAUCUAUCAGAUAAAAGCUGUGCAGAUCUGGCCUCAGUUCUCAGCUCAAACUCCUCAUCUCUGAGAGAUCUGAACCUGAGUGUUAAUGAACUGCAGGAUUCAGGAGUGAAGCUGCUCUCUGCUGGACUGAAGAAUUCACACUGUAAACUGGAGAAACUGGGGCUGUGGAACUGUAAUCUAUCAGAGAAAAGCUGUGCAGAUCUGGCCUCAGUUCUCAGCUCAAACUCCUCAACUCUGAGAGAACUGAACCUGAGUGAUAAUAAACUGCAGGAUUCAGGAGUGAAGCUGCUCUCUGCUGGACUGAAGAAUCCACACUGUAAACUGGAGAAACUGGGGCUGUGGGGGUGUAAUCUAUCAGAUAAAAGUUGUGCAGAUCUGGCCUCAGCUCUCAGCUCAAACUCCUCAACUCUGAGAGAUCUGAACCUGGGUAAUAAUAAACUGCAGGAUUCAGGAGUGAAGCUGCUCUCUGCUGGACUGAAGAAGCCACACUGUAAACUGGAGAAACUGGGGCUGUGGGGGUGUAAUCUAUCAGAGAAAAGCUGUGCAGAUCUGGCGUCAGCUCUCAGCUCAAACUCCUCAACUCUGAGAGAACUGAACCUGAAUAAUAAUAAACUGCAGGAUUCAGGAGUGAAGCUGCUCUCUGCUGGACUGAAGAGUUCACACUGUAAACUGGAGAAACUGAAGCUGCGGAAGUGUAAUCUAUCAGAGAAAAGCUGUGCAGAUCUGGCCUCAGCUCUCAACUCAAUCUCCUCAACUCUGAGAGAACUGGACCUGGGUAAUAAUAAACUGCAGGAUUCAGGAGUGAAGCUGCUCUCUGCUGGACUGAAGAAUUCACACUGUAAACUGGAGAAACUGGAGCUGUAUGAAUGCAGUAUUACAGGAGAAGGCUGUGCUGCUUUAGCUUCAGCUCUGAAAUCAAACCCCUCACACCUGAGAGAGCUGGAUCUGAGACUCAAUAAUCCAGGAGAGUCAGGAAAGAAGUUGCUCUCUGAUCUACAGAAGGAUCUACACUUUAAACUGGAGACACUAUACAUCUGAAAACCUGACCUGCUCUUAUUGGACAAUCUGGACUCUUCAUCAGCUCUUCAUUCAGCUCUUCUGUGGAGUUUAGAAGCUUCCAAAAUGUUCAUAUGAGCUGAAGUGAGAUCCGGCUGUUCAGCAGCUGGAAUAGCUGAACUAAACAGUAACAGAUCAUUAUCAGAACAGCUCUAAUCUUCUUAUCAGAGCGGAAAUAGAACCUUGUUGAUUUCUAUAUGGUGGAGUUUAGUAGGAAAGUGGGAGUCUUGUCUGUCAAAAACUGAAAUUUUCACAGAUGAUAUUUUGGUUCCAGAAGAUUCUUAAUUCCUACUGAAAGUCAGUGAGAGGUAGAGCAGCAUUUUCAGACUCUUGGGUAAAUACCCCGAGCUCUAAAUCAUUGGCUGUGCUAAAAUGUGGUGUGGAAUGUGGUUUAGAGAGAUCUGAAUCUACACAUACAGUAUAGUACACUUUUAUAUUCUGUAUAGCAGGCAGAGCAGUGAGGGUUAACCAGUCGACAGUGAUCAGUUCGGCACUGUCUUAUACUUUUAUCAUGUUGUUUAAAUCAAUUAGAAAUGUGUUGAAAACUUCAGAAGCUGUAUAAUGUCAUGGUUAGCACAGAAUGGCAGACACGUGCAGAUACUGAUAAAAUCACAAUAUGUUUAUUAUAAGAAUAAACAGAUGUAAUCAGAGUCGAUACGGAGAAAUGGGUGAUCACCAGUAAACAGAGCAAUGAAGACAAAACCAUACCAGAAACGAUAUACAGUCCAGAGUUCAUACACAAGCAAUCCAGUGUCAGAGGUAAUCCAAGAGGCAGUAGUGAGAACACAGUCCAGGUCAUACACAAACAAUCCAAUAUCAGAGGCAAAGGCAAUAAUCGGCGUCAAGAAAACAAAAGCAAGGUCAUACACAAGAAUAAACUGAGACAAGAGAUAAUGUAACGCUUUGUAAUGAGGAGAACCUAUAAUACGUGGCGUGGUAGUCUGUUUGGCGUGCACCUUUAUAGUGCCAGUAAUC